CCUGGGGCUGGGGACACAUCCUGCCUGGAGGGGCAGGUGAGCAGCCCCUAGCUGCCCAGCGCCCAUCCAGGAGGUACCCUGAGGCCCGUGGCUGGGGGGGGAGUGGCACUGAGGGCCCCCUGCGGCAGGGUCUCUGGUGCCCACCGAGGAGGGACCUUCGAUAUGACCUGAGGAAUGACGCCCCUGGCUUGGGCUGUCCCAGGGGAGUGUCUGACCUCCCCACCCUGACCUGAUCCUCUGCAUGCCCACGGCCCUGCUGUCCUGAGCCUGUCAGGUGGCAGAAGGGAGGGUUAGGGUUAGGGACAGUCAGGCAGUGACUGGACUGGCCAGCACCUGCCCUCCAGGUGCGUGGGACACUGUCGUGGCCGCUGGGUGGGUGUGAAGAUGGCUCUGUCACUCCCCGACCCGCUGUCAGCCCCGCACAUCCGUGCUCAUGCUCCUGGUUUGCUCAAGUUUUCCAUGCUUUGUCCCUUAUUUUGUAGGUUACGUUUUUUGGUUAAGAAAUGGCGAGAAGUGGAUCGGCAGGGAGCGCUGGCUCACGGCCAGGCCGCCCGUCCAGUAAUCCGGGGGCCAGGCGGCCCUGGCCCGCGGCAGCAGCGGUCUCUACCUGAAGCCAGCGAGUCCCCCCCAACCCGGGACGUGUCUUCCAGCCACACCCGGGACCCUGUGCAGAAAACCCGCCCCCGCCAGAGGGAAAGGUCCAGUCCGUCCCCAGAAUCAAGAUCAGAGAGGUCCCUGGCUACUUCUGAAGACCCGGAACAUUCCUUGACGGAAUAUAUCCACCAUUUAGAAGUGAUCCAGCAAAGGCUAGGGGGGUUACCGCCAGAUUCCAUUUCAAAGAAAUCCUGCCGUCAGAAGAUUAAACAAUAAAAUCCUGUGGCUCUUACCUGUGGCAGUUCUACUUGAGGAAAAGAUUUGUGUUGUCCUUUUCCUAAGAAAACUGGUGGUGGGGACUGUCGUGCUAGCGACACCCCAUCUCUGCGGCCGCCCGAGCCCGCGCGCUGUGGUCCUCGCCUGCGCUGCUGCAGGGCCACACGGGCGCUUCCCAUGACGCUCCUUGCGGCCCAGCUCCUUGCCUUUGUGCGGUGCCGUGUGCUGUAGGCCCGCCGCCUGCCCGUUCUGUGCCUGCCAGCAGAGCCCCUGCCGGCCUCCAAGAAGGGUGAGCAGACAGUGGUUUCCUGUUGUUUAUUUUCUUACAAUGUGCAGAUGGAAACUGGAUUUCAGAAUGAAAACAAAUUGAAAAGGGAAUAAAAUUAAAGCACUGUUUUAUUUUUGACUAGCCCUUGUGUUGUU